UUUUGAGCUGGGCCUUGCGACGCAUCCACCGUGCUAACUAUGCGUAGAAUUGGCCGUGCGUCACCAUUGAGUUGCUGCUCGCUACGCUGAUCAGAAACCCGCUCGCUGCCCACCGCCCUCCGACACAAAGCUUCAAAACUCGUAGUAAAUAACGAGGGAUCUUCAAAAAUCUCAAAUAUCCCAGUCGAAUCUCACAUGACCUAGACUCAGCGGAUCCUCGCCUAGCUUCCGCGCUGCCUCUGAUUCCGGUCUGCAGUGCAGCUCCCGCGCGGCGGAUUCUCCCCGCGCGAAGCCAUGACAGUCCGCUUCCGCCGUCGGUCCGCGCUCCCCCGCUCCCCCUCGUCUCCGCCCGAUAUCUGCAGGCAACUCUCUUCCCCCUCCGCGUCCCCUUCUCCUCCCCCCUUCCGCCCGAGACUGCCGCUCUCCCUCCUUUUGCUCUUCCUCCUCCUCCUCGUUCUCUCGCCUCCUUCCCUCCUCCCCCUCCCCUUCCCCCUCCCCUUUCCCCUCCCCUUCUCCCUCCCCCUUUCCCUCCCCCGCUCCGCUCCCUUUACCGCGCUCGCGCGCGAGCGGCAAGACUUAGGCCAGAAUGACUACGACAUGUGGGAUUACGGGGGGGAGGGGGGAGGAGGGGCGGGCGCGGGGGGGGAGGCGGAUGGCGCGGGCGUGGGGGGCGGCGCAGGGGCGCAGGAGUGGGCGGAACCGGGCCCGGGGGAGCAUGUAGAGGGGGUGCUGGAUCUGGACGAUGUGACUAUAGUGAAGGUGGUGGGGGGGCGAUGGCGCGUGCUGGUGGAAUGGUACGAUCCAAGUGACAAGGCGAGCCAGGACGUGCUUCCCCAUGUGCGCCAUGCAUCCGCUCUGCUUGUGGAUCGCAAGGACUGCCUACUGGCCAAGGUGGACGCAGCAAAGUACCCCCACCUCGCGGCGAGACAUGGCGUCAAAUCCCUUCCCCAAUUCGUGCUGUUUGACUUCAACGAUUCCUUUGGCACACACUACACCGGACCUAUGGCAUCACAGUCUCUGGCGAACUUCCUAAUGCACGGCCAUGCGCAAGCCGGCCCCCUAGACUCCCUCCGCAAGGCCACGCGUGCGUUCGUUGACUUCCGCUCUGAUACCACGCGCAGGGGAAAGGCACACCAGGAGGCACAGCAGGUCGUGCAGGGGCUGCCAGCUGAUGCCAGGGAGAGCGGAGAGUACUACCUCAAAGUGAUGUCAGCAGUCAUUGAGAGGGGCGAAGACUUCAUUGCCAAGGAGCUUGCACGCCUCAAGGGUCUUGUCUCCUCAUCCAGCCUGCCUCCCGCCAAGCACUCGGAGUUCCACCGCCGCCUCACCAUCCUCAAGGAGUUUGAGAUAAAGGACGAGCUGUGACCAGUUCGCAUCACACGCAACCAGCAUGCAAUGCAGCACAUCCUCAUGAUUCCUGACCCUUGCGAGGCUUGCGAUGGUAUGGUAUCUUUGUACCUCUCCAUCCAGUACAGACGUUCACAUCAACAGUGCCGUAUCCAUGUGCAUGCCUGGUUUUACCAGUACUGGUAGGGUAUGGAGGGAGGGAGAUGGGAGGUUCACAGGUGUUCGAUUGCUUGUGAAGUUUCGUAUCACUGUGCAUGCCCUGUAUAAUGUAAAAGAACUAUUACCGGUAGUACACAA